AUGAAAGCGGCUCCCCCCUCCCGGGGGUCCCCCAUGGCCGCGCUGCCCCCCGAGGCCUCGUGCCCCGUGUGCCUGGAGCUGUUCCGCGACCCCGUGUCCAUCCACUGCGGCCACAACUUCUGCCGGGGGUGCAUCGAGCGCUGCUGGGAGUGGGCCACCGACACCUUCCCCUGCCCCCGGUGGGAGACGGCGCCGGAGCGGAGCCUCCGCCCCAGCCGGGAGCUCGCCGGGGUGCUCGCCAUCGCCCGCAGGCUCGGCCUGGGGGGCGAGGAGGAGGAGGAGGAGGAGGAGGAGGAAGGCUGCGGGAAGCACCGGGAGCCGCUCAGGGUGUUCUGCAAGGAGGACGAGGCGCUGCUGUGCGGGGUGUGCCGGGAGUCCCGUGUCCACCGUGGCCACACCCUGGUGAGCCGGGAGGCUCGGGGCGAGUACGAGGCACAGCUCCAGGCCGGCUGCAAAUCCUGAGGGGAAGACAGGGACAGACUCCUGGAAUUCCGGGAGGCCCAAAUGAGGAAAAACUGGGAGUGUUUGGAACAGACGGAAUCCGAGCGGCAGAGGAUCCUCUCCCACUUCCAGGGGCUCCGGGUGUCCCUGGAGGGUCACGCCCGGCGGCUCCUGGCCCGGCUCCGGCACCUGGAGACGGAGCUGGAGAAGGAGCAGGAGGAAAACCUGACGGGCCUGACCCAGGAGAUCUCCCGGCUGGAAUCCCGCAUCCGGGAGCUGGAGGAGAAGUGUCGGGAACCCACCGGGACCUUCCUGCAGGACAUCGGCAGCACCCUGAGCAGGUUCCCAAAUGAACAUUCCCAGCUGCCCCCGUCGCCUUUUCCGGAGCUGGAAAAGAAAAUUGGAAAAUUCCGGGAGAAAAAUCUUGUCCUGGAGGAGACCCUGAGGAGCUUCCAAGACAUCCUGAUGUUCGAGCUGCCCGAAAAGAUCGUGGUGACCCUGGACCCCUCCACGGCCCACCCGCAGCUCGUGGUGGCCCCCGACGGCCGCAGCGUGAGCUGGGAACCCCCCCGGGACCCCCCCGAGGAGACCCCCGAGGACCACCCUGAGGAAGGGCUCGGCCCCGACCCCUCCGUGCGGGGCCGCCCGGGUGUCACCUGCGGGCUGUGCUGCUGGGACGCGGAGGUGUCCCCCCGGGGGUCGUGGGCGCUGGGGGUGGCCCUGGGGAGCCCCCCGGGCGAGCUGUGGUCCAUGGGGCUGUGCCAGGGGCAGCUCUGGGCGCUCACGGCCCUGGAGCGGGUGCCCCUGGCGCGGGUGGGGGUCCCCCGGAGGGUGAGGGUGUCCCUGGACCACGACGGGGGCCGGGUGGCGUUUUGGGACGCCGAGAGGAGGGCGCUGAUCUUCGCCUUCCCCGCGGCGGCGUUCGGGGGGCGGAGGGUGCACCCCUGGUUCCUGGUGUGGGGGGAGGGAGCCCGGAUCGCCCUCUGCCCCUGACACCCCAAAAUGAAGCACU